AUGGGAUUUUUCAUUAAUGAUCUACAUCAACACAUCGAUCAACUACACAAACAACAAUUUGGUACAAAUCAUGGUGAAGAAAUCUUUACAUGUUAUCGUGGUCAAGGCAUAUCAGAAAAAGAUUUUGAUGAAAUGAUAAGAUCGAAAGGUGGAUUAAUGUCAUUUAAUCACUUUUUAUCCACAAGUAAGGAACGUGAUGUCUCUUUGUUCUUCGCCGAAAGUAAUCUAAGUAAUCCAACUUUAAUUGCCAUUCUUUUUGUUAUAAAAACGGAUCCGAGACAAUCGGCAGUAUCGUUUGCGUCAAUUCGUGGUAUAAGUGCUACUCCAGAAGAAGAUGAAAUAUUGUUUUCAAUGCAUAGUGUAUUUCGUAUUGAUGAUAUCAAAUUAAUAAGUGAAAACGGAAAACUUCACGAAGUGCAUUUAACAUUAACUAGUGUCAAGGAUAAACAACUGCAUGAACUUACUGAACAAAUCCGACAAGAAAGUUUUCCAUAUGCUUAUGGGUGGUAUAGAUUAGGUUUAGUAUUAGUUCAACUCAAUCAAAAUGAGAAAGCUGCAGAGAUUUGUCAAAUGCUGCUCAAUCAAAUAAAGGAGCAAAGUGACAACCACGGAUCUAUAGUCAAAUUCGUCGGAUCAACCCUGAUAAUUCGACAACAAUCACUUCCCGCAAAUCAUCCUAAUAUGGUUUCAUCUUACAACAACAUCGGUUUGGUGUAUUACAACAUGGGUGACUAUCCAAAAGCACUUUCAUAUUAUGAAAAAGCUCUGGCAAUCAAACAACAAUCAUUUCAUCUUGAUCACUCUUCGUUGGCUGCAUCUUACAACAACAUCGGUGUGGUUUAUGAAGGCAUGAAAAACUAUUUAGAAGCUUAUUCUUAUUAUGAAUGUGCUGUAGAAAUUGCAGAGCAAUCAUUAUCUUCGAAUCAUCCAAAUCUGAAGAAUAUGAUAUACAAUCUCGAACGUUUAAAAGCGCAACCGACGAGAUCAAACUCACCUGUUGGUACACAAGAAGAAUCGAAUCAAUUAUCAACAGAUUCUACUCCGAUUCUUACUCAACCAUCUACUCCAGUAUCUUUAGAAGCUGAUAAUUUAUCUGUUACAAAAAAAGUUAAACAAAGAGAUUAUGAAAAUUCAGUUAAUAAAGAAGUUCAACCAUGUAAUAAUAAAGAUAUUGGCUUGUUCGUUAAUAAGGAACAUAUAUCGGAUCCAGAAAUAUAUGCUGUGUUGACAAACCCAUGGGUGCCAUCGAGCAAUUACAAAUUUCCUUUAGUUCAGAUGCAUCAAAAGAUGCGAUCAGUUUGUCAACAUUCAUGGUUACAAACAUAUCCAUGGCUCGGUUACUCUCCUAUCCUUCAAGAUGUUUUAUGUUGCUAUUGCGUUUUAUUCAAACGACAAUGUUCAGUAGCUGAUCGAGCAAGAAAUUCACUUGGACAGUUAGUUUUUAAGCCAUUGUCUUCAUUGAAUAAAGCCAGUGAAUAUCUACAAUUGCAUGAAAAAACCGAAUAUCAUAUAUUUUCCAAACAACAAGCAGAAAAUUUCAAACUAAACUUCGAACAUCCAAACAAAGCCAUUGAUAUCAUAUUAGAUAAUGCAAAUCAAGAACAAGAAGCCACAAAUCGAAAGAUUUUAUCGAGCAUUAUCAAAUGUAUCAUGUUUAUUGCUAAACAAAAUUUAGCCUUUAGAGGUCAUGAUGACGAUGGUAUUGAUCAUAAGUCCAGUGAAAAUUUAGGUAAUAUAGUUUUUGCAUUAAAAAAUCUAGCAGAUAAUCAUUUUAUUUUAUUAGGAAAUUUCAAAGAAUUAAUUCUUUUUCGUGCCGAUAGUGGAGAUAAAAUGUUAGAAACACAUUUACAUACUGCUGCUAAAAAUGCAAUGUACAUGAGUGCAGAAAUUCAAAAUCAAUUAAUUAAUAUUUGUGGGAAUAUGAUCAAAGAAGAAAUCGUUCGUCAUGUGAUUGAAAAAAAAAAGUUCUAUUCGAUUAUUGCAGAUGGUACUUCGGAUAUCAGUGGAACAGAACAAUUAUCUCUAUCAAUUCGUUAUUUAUCAUAUGACAAUGAUCAAAUAGAUAUUAAAGAAGAUUUCAUUGGAUUUACACCUGUUGCUGAUGGUUCAGCAAAAGGUAUAUCGGAAAAGAUUAUGGAUUAUUUACGAGCAGUGGGUCUUGAUUUGGCUUAUCUCAGAGGUCAAGGUUAUGAUGGUUGUAGCGUUAUGUCUGGUCAUCUUGGUGGUGUCCAAAAACUUAUUUCUAAUAUUGAACCAAAAGCCAUAUAUGUGCAUUGUGCUAGCCAUUCACUGGAUCUCGCGAUUUGUGAUGCAUGUGAUGAUCGAAAUAUUCAAUUAUUUUUUGGUACGAUUAAAAAUAUUGUACGAUUUAUUAGUUCAUCACCAAAAAGACAAAACUUAUUGAAAAGUGCUAUAGGCGCAACCAGUUGUGAUACGAAACGAAAGAAAUUAACUAAACUAGUUGAACAUCGCUGGGUUGAAAAACACACCUCAGUUUUAGUUUUCAAGCAAUUAUUCUCAGGUGUAGUCAUAUUCCUCGAACACAUGAUAGAAAGUAGUGAUUCAGAAACUAGUGCAAACUCACUUGCUUAUUUCAAGUCAGUAAAAGAUCUGGAUUUUAUUAUAUGUUUAUUUGUCGUCUCACGUGUAUUUGCAAUAUUAAAGCCAUAUACAGAAAUGCUUCAAAGUAAAAACUGUGAAUUAAUUCAACUCUAUGACAACAUUCAAAAUGUAGCUACUCAUCUUGCUGAAUUAAAAUACGAUACAACGAAAUUUGAAGAACUUACUGCUGAAUUAGAGGUGUUUUGUCGUGAUAAUGAUAUUAUUUUUACACUUCCAAGAAGAAAUAAAUAUAAUAAUGUGAAUGAUUAUUUAAAAUCUAUUUAUGAAAAAUUCAUUGAUACAACUCUAUCAGAAUUAGGUGCAAGAUUUAGUGAACAUCAAAGAAGUAUUAUUUAUAUUAUCAAUUUACUACCUUCAAAUGUUGUUGACAAAACAUUGAUGGACGUCGAGAAUAUAUUUAGAUUUUAUGAAAGUGAUUUACCAGCAAAAAAUGCUGAUUUAGUCAAAGCUGAAUUUGAGUUGUGGCAGCAUAAAUGGAAAAAAUCUUCAGCAGAUGAGCGACCAUCAAACAUUAUUUCCACGUUAAAUUCACUUCUUCCAAUCAAGUCGUUUUAUCCAAAUUUAUAUUGUUUAUUUGAAAUAUUUGCAGUUUUGCCAGUGACUGUUGCAACGGCAGAAAGAUCAUUUUCCACAAUGAAGAGAAUAAAAACAACACUUCGAAACAGUAUUGGUGAUAAUCGGUUGAGUGAUCUUGCUUUGAUUCAUAUUCAUCGUGAUAUAGCAAACAGUUUAGAUGUGGAAGAUAUUAUCGAUAUUUUUUGUAAGAAAAAGCGUCGAAUUAAAUUCGUCAACUAG